AUGUUCGGUGUCCGCCACGUGCAGGUAAUAUUGUUAUUUUUGGCGAACCUUAUAAACCAUGCGUCGAAAAACAAUCUGAACGUUGCUUUACUAGCUAUGACGGACAAAAGUGUUGAAAAGCACUUCGACAUAGACCUAAAGUUUCAAAAUGCUCUACAGUCCUGUCUGUUUUGGGGCUACUUCGUGUCCAUACUACCCGCGGGCGAAUUGGUCACGCGAUUUGGGGGGAAGAAACUCCUCUUACUCGCGAUGUUUAUGAAUACAGUAGCUGCAUUAGUGAUACCAUUUUGCACAUAUAUUGGUCCCCAAGGAUGGAAGAUGAUAUUUGUUUGUCGGGUCAUUCAAGGAGUAUUCCAAGGCUUUGUGAUACCUUCUGUUUUAACAAUAAUAAGCAAGUGGGUGCCAGCACAGGAGAGAAGUCGCCUGGGAAGUCUCGCUUAUUCUGGAAUCCACCUCGGAAAUGGCUUUCAAAUCCUCACAUCGGGAUACCUAGCGGACUACUGGGGGUGGCCCUCCGUGUUCUACUUCCACGCAAUCCUCGGCUUCUCGUGGUUUAUUCUGUUUAGUGUCUUCGGUGCGGAGUCUCCUGCGCAGUCUAAAUUCAUCAGCGAGAAAGAACGCAGCUACAUACAGAAUUCUUUGGGAUUUAACGGGAAAACAAAGAAGCUUCGCACGCCAUGGCGCGUUCUGAUGACGUCACCGCCUUUUAUAGCUCUCGUCUUCGCGUUUUGUGGGUUUAAGUGGGGCUACCAUUCCCUUGUUGCUGAAAUCCCCACUUAUAUGAAUAAAGUGCACGGCGUCAAUUUACGUGAGAACGGCGCUUUGUCAGCGUUACCCUUCUUAGUGCUGUUUAUCAGCACGUACCCACUUGGUUAUAUAGCUGACUUCAUUCUAAAGAAGAAGUUGAUUGGCUUGACUCCGCUCAGAAAAAUCUUUACUACCCUUGGUUUCUUAGGCCCCGCUGCUUGGCUAAUAGCUGCUGCGCAAACGCAGCCAGGAGACAAAGUUUCUGCCAUCACUUUCCUUACACUGGCCAUAGCGAGUAUUGCGUGUAUCUACCCUGGAUUUAUGAUGAGCCCUUUAGACAUGGCGCCGAACUAUGCGGGCGCUAUGAAUGCUGUCUCAAAUAUUUUUGCCAACUUCAUGUCAAUAUUGGGUCCCAUUGCAGCUGGGCUGAUGCUGGGAGACGACGGGAGUAACAGAAGUAGAUGGCAAUUGGUGUUCUACGUGGCAGUUGCGAUGUAUGUAACGACCUGGGCCUUCUACCUCAUGUUUGCAGACUGCAAAAGACAACCCUGGAACGACCCUAAUUAUAAUAAGAAAUCGGUCGUAAUUAGUCAUCAGUAA